CGGAAUUCCUAGGCUUAACGAAACAUAUAUUAUUUUAUUUUAACUAAAAUGAUUCGUCAAUGGGGAGUACGUGGUACACGUAAUGAGAUAAUGUCACAAGAAAGAAUGCCAGAAGAUUUAUUGUCAGGAAAACCAAUGAAGAGCGAUGACGUAAUGCCAUCGGAACUUGGAAUAAAGAAAUCAAAGUCAAGCCACUCCGUUCUUGCUGUUGUUUCGGCCCCCGCACCUCCCGGAUGCGAUGAAGAUUCUCGAAUAAUCUCAGUCGCUGUUGGAGGAAAUGACGAAGACCAUGACGUCAUAAAUGAAGACGAAGAAGAUGACGAAUUUAGUGAUGUAGAGACAGAAGAGUCAACUCCACGAAACGUUACACCAACAAACGAAAACAUAUAUCAAUCUAUAUUACCGACGCCUCAUCAUCAACACCAAUAUGCUUUCGAUGCGACGUCAUCAGGUCAUAGUCGACAGAACAGUGAUGACGUCACAGGAGUUCUUGUCAGAAGAAAAGCUGUAAGAUCUAAGAAAAUAAAUGAAAAGCAAAAACAACAGAAACAAGAAGAAGCAUCUUUACGGUAA